AUGUCUGGUCAACGAUCGCCGAAUAUUCCACUCUUUCUUUCUGACGCUCAGAAUUUGGAUCAGGCAACUUUGUCUGCCAAGUUUCGUCUUAUUUCUAUUGCUGAACUUGAGCGAUGUCGUCGUGCCAACGAACCCACCGACAGAUUCAGUAUGACGGAGGCCCUCACGAAUGCGUCAAUGGAGUGUAAUAGAUAUACUGAUAUUGUACCUUUCAACUAUAAUCGAGUAAAAUUAAUAAAGCAACGCCCAAACAAAACAGACUAUAUUAAUGCAAGUUACGUUGAGGCACCUGGUAAAGUUCGGCGAUAUAUUGCUACACAAGGUCCGUUAGACAAUACUAUUGAUGAUUUUUGGCUAAUGGUAUGGGAGCAAUAUUCGACUGUAAUAGUCAUGUUAACACGAGAGCAAGAAAAAGGUAGAAAUAAGUGUUCUAAAUAUUGGCCCGAUGAAGGAAAUCUUCCCAUGGUAUUUCCAGAUAUCGGACUGAAAAUUGGAUUAGAAUCUGAGGAAUUGGAUCCGAAUGCAACAUGUGUUGUGAGAACUUUUCGAGUCGAAAAGUUUGAGGAUGCACAUGUUAUUGAAGUGCGACAAAUCACGCAACUUCAUUUCAUAGGGUGGCCCGAUCAGGGAGUUCCUGAUUCCCCAGAUAAUGUCCUCAAUUUGGUCGUUAAGACAAAUGAAAUUCAGCGACGAUAUAUAGAUGAUGCUAACUUGCAACAAACUAAAAUUGGACCAGUCGUGGUACACUGUAGUGCUGGUUGCGGAAGGACAGGGACUUUUUGUACUGUGGAUUCUACGUUAGCAUUAUUGCCUGAAUUUCAGCCCGACGACAAAUCAGAUUUGAUUUACAAUUUGGUUGGGCAUUUUCGAGAACAACGUAGGACUAUGGUUCAAACUCUUGGACAAUUUCAAUACUGUUAUUUGGCUGUACUUAGUAAACUUGUCACGAAUCGGUAG